AUGUCCACCCUCGAUACUCAGACAUUCAAGCUCCAGCGGGACUAUAUAAUUAUCCCCGCUGCACUUCUGGUCGUUGGCACCUUCAUCGUUAAGAAGGAGUGGGCUCCUUACUCUGCCGUUCUGGCCGCCUUGUUCGGCCUCUGGAACUACUUCAGCCUUCGUGUCAAUGCUGUUCUCAAGCCCGACGUAUUCCAAGAGUUCCCUCUCGAGGAGAAGACCAUCAUCUCUCACAAUGUAGCCAUCUACCGCUUCAAGCUUCCCUCUGGUAACUCGAUCCUCGGACUCCCUAUCGGCCAGCAUAUUUCGAUCGGUGCCCCCUGCCCCCAGCCCGACGGCACCACCAAGGAGAUUGUCCGUUCGUACACGCCCAUCUCGGGCGACCACCAGCCCGGCUUCUUCGACGUGCUCAUCAAGUCGUACCCCCAAGGCAACAUCUCCAAGUACAUGGCCUCCCUGGUGGUCGGCCAAACGAUCCGCGUCCGCGGCCCCAAGGGCGCCUUCGUCUACACCCCCAACAUGGUCCGCCACUUCGGCAUGGUGGCCGGCGGCACCGGCAUCACCCCCAUGCUUCAGGUCAUCCGCGCCAUCGUCCGCGGCCGCGAGGCCGGCGACAGGACCCAGGUCGACCUCAUCUUCGCCAACGUCACCCCCCAGGACAUACUCCUCAAGGAGGACCUCGACGCCCUCGCAAAUGAGGACGAAGGCAUCCGAAUCCACUACGUCCUCGACAAGCCCCCGGAGGGAUGGACCGGUGGUGUCGGCUACGUUACUGCCGACAUGGUCGAGAAAUGGCUGCCCAAGCCCGCCGAUGACGUUAAGAUUCUCCUCUGCGGCCCUCCUCCAAUGGUUAGCGGCAUCAAGAAGGCUGCUGAGAGCCUCGGCUUCAAGAAGGCCCGUCCCGUCAGCAAGCUCGAGGACCAGGUCUUUGCUUUCUAA